AUGUCCAUGGGGCGAUUACACGGAACCAAGCUGGUUAACGAAGAGACUUAUGGUCAUAUCGCAGCUUUGGAAGACCCUGUGCCUUUACACAAUGUAUCUGCCAUUGCGAUCAUACAAAGCUGUAAGAUACAGUUGCCGAAUGUGAAGAACAUAGCCUCCUUCGGUUCCGCCUUCGAUCAGCACCUACCAGAAUACAUCAAAACAUAUACCAUUGACCAGAAAAUUGCAAAGGAGAAGGGCCUUUUAAAAUAUGGUUUUCAUGGAAACAGUUCUUCGUAUAUCACCAGGGCUGUCGCAAAGCAUCUGCAAAAGAAGUCCUCUGAACUCAACAUGAUCGCUCUUCACUUGGGAAGUGGCGCAUCCGCCUGCACGAUUAGAAAUGGCCAAUCCAUUGACACAAGCAUGGGGUUGACACCUCUAUCUGGCCUACCAGGAGGCCCUAGUAGUGGCGGCGUUGACCGAUCUCUCAUCUACCACUAUACAUCCUCCGCCAGCAAGAUGAGUCCGUUGAGUACGAAAGACUUGCAUGUAAGUGAAGCAGAAAAGAUCUUGAACAAGCAGUCGGGAUGGAAAGCAUUAGCAGGAACAACGGAUUUCUCCAAGAUUGCCGUUCCAAAUGCCCCCAAGUCACACAAACUAGCAUUCGACAUUUUCAUCGACCGUGUCGUCGGCCUUGUAGCAGCUUAUUUUAUCAAGCUUGAAGGCAAGGUCGACGCCCUGGUCUUUUCGGGAGACAUAGGCAAAAAAGCGCUCUGCUGA